AUGGCGGACGUCCGGUCCAAGAACCCAUACGAGCUUCUUGGCAACGACCCUGAGCUCGACCCUAACAGAGAGCCGGAACCUCCAGUGAAGGUCGUUGACAAGAACCCUCCUCGCCGCGGAAAGCGUGAUGGCCCGAAUGAGCCUCGCGACACUGCUCCUCCACGUACCAACAACCGUGGUCCCAGACUUCCUACAAACGAGCAAGCGUUCCGCGACCGCAAUGCUGGAUCUCAAAACAACCGCAACAGGCCUACCGAUGGCCCCAGCGACCGGGCUCAACCAGCUGCCCACAAGAACCGUGACGCCCGUGGUAACAUGAUCCGCGAAGACCGUCACUCUCGCACUGACCGAGUUGUCACAGACAAGCAGGUCGAACAGGGCUGGGGAUCCCGCUCUGGCGAGUCCAACUUGAAGGACGAGCGUGCCGGAGAAGACAUUGCCCAGAGUGAUGAAAAGGAAGCCGAUGAGGCCAACGCUGAGGAGCCAGAGGAGGAGCCAGAGGACAAGAGCAAAUCAUAUGCCGACUACCUUGCUGAGCAAGCUGAGUCUAAACUCGAACUCAGUGCAAAGGAAUCCCGCAAGGCCAACGAAGGAACCAAGGCCGACAAGAAGUGGGCUAACGCCAAGGAGCUGAAGCGCGACGACGACGAAGAGGCCUACAUCAAGGGUCAGAGCAAGGAGACCAAGCGAGAGCGCCAACGCAAGGAGAAGAACGUCCUUGAGGUCGACAUGCGUUUCGUCGAGGCACCCCGACGAGGCGGUGACUCUUUCCGUGGCCGUGGUCGUGGUGGUCGUGGUGGACGUGGUGAGUUCCGUGGCGGCCGUGGAAACAGUCGCGGAGCUCCUCGUGGCGGUCCUCCCCACGCUUCCGGCCCUACCGUCGACGAGAAGAACUUCCCUUCUCUCGGAGGCAAAUAA